AUGGCGGACGCUGGAGAGCUCAAGCAAAUGGUUAUGAGCUUCAGGGUGUCUGAACUACAAGUUUUAUUGGGAUAUGCGGGUCGAAAUAAAACAGGAAGAAAAACAGAGCUCAUGCAAAGAGCUUUACAACUUGUUCAGAAAGGUGCCUCUGUACCCAUACAGAUAAAAAUCAGAGAAUUAUACAAUCAAAUUUUUUCAUCUAACAGGAGGAAGCCACCUGGGAAGUCUGAUGAAGGUCCUAUGUUUAGUAGCAGCAGUAAUACAACUUAUACACCAAACUGGUUCGGUGGCUUGGACUACUCUUCGGGAGCCAGUCUUGUUUCAUCAGCACAAUCGUCCAUGUUCCCUGUCCAUCCAGACGUAAGAUUGAAACAUCUCCCAUUUUAUGAUGUAGUAGCAGAGCUUAUGAAACCUACAAGUCUUGCUCCUAGAGGAACAUCGAAAUUUCAGGAAACCCAUUUUAAUUUUCAUCUAACUCCACAGCAAGCUCAGGAUAUAGCUAUGUCAAGGGAUUUCAGACCAGGUGCUAGAUGUGAAUACAUGACACAGAUACAGUUACGGUUUUGUUUAUUAGAAACAAGCUGUGAACAAGAUGAUAAUUUUCCUCCCAGUAUAUGUGUCAGGGUUAAUGGUAAACUAGCCCCAUUGCCAAAUCCUAUUCCAACAACAAAGCCAGGAGUAGAACCUAAACGUCCAGGUCGUCCAGUAGAUAUCACAUCAUUUUGUCGUCUUUCACCAACAAUGCCUAAUCAGAUAGAUGUGUCGUGGGCCACUGACUUUGGUCGGGGAUACUGUGUGGCUAUAUACUUAGUAAAGAAACUAUCAUCAGAUAUUUUAAUGAUGAGAUUGAAACAGUUUGGAAACAGACAUCCUGAUCAUACGAGAGCUUUAAUCAAAGAAAAAUUACAAAGUGAUCCAGAUAGUGAGAUAGAUACAACUAGUCUUAGAGUAUCCUUAAUGUGUCCGCUUGGUAAAAGUCGGAUGAGUAUUCCAAUACGAGCUAGUUCGUGUACACAUUUACAGUGUUGUGAUGCCAUGUUAUAUCUUAUGAUGAACGAGAAGAAACCUACAUGGAUGUGUCCUGUUUGUGAUAGACCUGCUCCAUUCCAUAAAUUAGUCAUUGAUGGGUUAUUUGUUGAAAUUUUAAAACAAGCACCUGAUGUUGAUGAGAUACAGUUUAAUCAAGAUGGUAAUUGGUGUAGACUUAACCUGAAGAAAGAAACACAUGUGAUAUCUAGUCCUGUCAUCAAAAAUACACGACCUGCCACGUCAGAACCAAGUGGUGCCUCCCCUGAAAAGAAGCCUAAGAUGGAUGUGAUUGAUCUGACCUGCAGCAGUGAUGAAGAUGAUGAAGAACCCAGAACACCACAGCCAGCUCCAUCAAACACAAGUUCUAGCAGUCCUCGGGUAAUCAGCCUUGAUUCUCCUACUCCAGUGCAUUCGAUGAUCUCAUCCGAUUCACCCAUGUUGUCGUCACCUGGGUCAAAUAUCGGAUCACCGUCAUCUGCAUCAAGUUCUGGAUUGGGAUCACCUAUGUCAAACAAGGGACUAUCUCCAGCAAAGUCUCCGUACAGACCUUCAUCUGUGGCCCACUCACUUUCUCCUGUGUCAUCAGAUGGAACUAUCCCUAAUCCUCCAUCACCAUCCAUACCAAUAGUACCACCACCUUUAACAUCACAGCGACCACCAUCACUCAGUUUCCCAACAGAUUUUCCUUCACAGACAAAUGCACCCUUACAAUCACCACUGGGAUCCAGGAUAUCUCCAAUCACACCUCCAUCUUUUCCUGUUUCUAUAUAUUCCCCGUACUCUUCUCUUCCAACACCCAUGCCACAUCAGCCACCACAAUACAACCAUUCUUCAAGUAUGAACAAUUAUGCUCCAGAGUUAGACAGAGAAAUUGAAGACUUUAUUCGUGGAAUUGUGUGGGAUAAUUCUAGCUAUCGGUAAUAUAAUGUUAUAAUGGACCACAACGAUUGGUGUCACUAGUCAUCAACUUGUAAGUGUUGAACAAUGGUGGGCUUUCCAUUCCAAAAAGUAUUGUGUAGGUAUUGUUUUACUAGAGAAACCUAACCUGAGAAAUAAUUUUAUAAAAAAGUUUUACCUUUUACAAUUAAUUUUCUGUUCUGUCGGGGACAAAGUUUUAAUCAAAUGGGAAAAAGUCAAUGUACAACAAACUAGUGCUGUUUAAAAAAACUUUUCAUUUGUAUUCAAGGCUGUACAUAGUUAAACUCUUUAACUUAUUAUUUGUAAACUUUGUUAUGUAUUUUGUUUAUGUAAAAAUAUUAGCGUCUAAAUAUAUCUUUUGAAGGUUUGAUUUACUACACAAUACUACAGUCACACUCAAUACGUUUAACAUGUUUUACAUCACUGUUUUACAUUAUAUAAGAACUUCAGGGAUACAUCAUUAUUUUACAUAUAUAAAUGUCAUUAAAUCAUUUUUUUUAGCACAAUACUAUAAAUUUUAUCAAACAAUAUUAGCAAUUCAAAAUUCUUUUUUAUGUUUUAACAUUCGUUUAGAAUGGCCUUUUUUUAGAACAAAAAUUUUACUGUAGGCAUUUUAUACCAAUUUAUAAGCUGAAUCAGACUUAUGUGGUGCAACAAAUUUUUGUUAAUGCUUUUCUAGCAAUGACUUAUAUAAGAGGGUAUUUUGUCAUUUGUAUGUCAGAUAAUUCACUAAUAACAUUUCACCUGUUUUAAAGCCAAUUGCUGGGCUAUUAUCCAACAAUUAAUUUUAUUGAAAUUUUUUAAAAAUUGAUAAGAUAUUCAUUUUUGUCUCGUUGCGGUAGGGAAACCUGUCAUGAUAUUAUCCAGUGUUUAACUUUUUACCCUAUUAUAAUAGUUAUGAAUAAAACAAGAAAUAAAGAAUUGCUUUGCUACUCCCUAUGUAAUUAUUUUCUAGAAAAGCCUUAAUAACACAAAUUUCACUUAUUUUGAGUUUUUUUUUAAAGCGAACAUGGCAUUGGAAGUUUUCUGUUCAAUAUAUAUUCUACCAAACCAUUUCUCAACUCAAGAUAGUUACAUUUUCAAAAGUUAAAAAGGGAGGCUUGUGGUUAAUCUUCACUAUUUUAAAAUUGAACUGUUGCAAACGGAGAAAUGGAAUACUUCAUGAUGGAAAGGUAGAAUUCAUUUCUCUCAUUUUGUGCAAUUUUUGUAAAAGUAUUCUAGACUAAUAAUUCUUUCAAUUUUGAAAAUUGAAUAUGACAUUUUAAUUAGUUGACAUGUUAAUUGAAAUAUUUUUUUAAGGAGAAGGUAAAGUAAGUUCAACACUUUUUUUGCCCCUUGAAAUAGAAAAUCAAAAAAUAUUGUAAAUCUACUAAAUAACAUCCUUCAGAUGUUUAUAAGACAUUAUCUGUUGGACAUCCAUAUUUAUAUUUUUGAAUUUUGUCUUACAUUUUGGUACUAGGGCUUCAAACUAAGUUUGUUAUUUUUACAAUUUAAGGCGCCAACAUAAUGGCUCUUAUCAUACCUCCUUUUUUUAAACUAAUUUCAUUCAGGAAGCAUGUACAAUUUUCACUUUAUAUAUCCAAUUCCAUUCAAAGAUGCAUGUUCUCUAAUAUUGUUGAAUUUAAAUUUGAAAAAUGUUGGUGCAUCUGUUACUUCAUAAAGUGAAUUAGGACCAAUUUUACUCCAGCUUAUUUUGGGACACUUUUUUUUAUUGCUCCUCUAGAUGUAAACAUAUUUCUGUGUAUUGAUGACAGGAUGAAGAUACUUAUACCACUGUAAUGUGUAUGUUUUUUUCUAUAAUACUCACUUAAAUAUGAAAGAAGCAAUCUUUAUAAAAGAUAAUUUAUAAUUAUUUAUUUAUUUAAAUUAAAUAAUAAAUAAAUAUUUAUUAUUUUUUAUUUGAUUUGGGACCAAUAGAUUAUUCAUGUUAUAUUGACUGUUGAAUUAAAAACAAAUGGUAAUGUCAUCACAAAAAGAGAUGUUCCGAGUUCAUGAAGAGCACUGGUUUGACAGUGAAAAACAUUAAAAACACUUGUCAUAUCAUCAAAAUUAGAUUGUUACUGGACUAAAUGUCGAUAAAAUUUUUUGGAAAUUGUUAGUUAUUUGAUUAUUGAUUGUCCAGUAAAUUUUGUUUAGAUGAGUAUAUGAUAUUGUUUCCUGGACCAAAUGUCCAUUAUCAAAAAGCACCUUUAAGCUUUCUGUUUCUUAUUCAAUAAUUAUUAGCAAUAAAGAGCUAUGGUCUACAGUUUCAAAUGGAUGCCUUAUACAGACUUAUUUUACUGAAUACAAUGGAUUUUGUCGAGUGAGCAACUUUUUGUAUUACAAUGUAAAAUUUAGGAUUGAAUUGUUGGGAACAAAUUUGCAUAUUUGAUUUUUAUGGAAAAUACAAAAUAGGAACACAGAAACACAAUAUUUCAGCAAUCUAUCAAACAAAGUUCACAAAACUAAUCGUUCAAACAUUGAUAAAUCAUUUAGCCUUUAAUGUCUGGGCAAAAUAUUAACAUUUUUCAUCUAGCCCUUUCAUAUUUAUCCAGUAAGGAUGUUUGCACUGUUUGACCUUCAACUGUAAUUGACCUGAAGAAGACAUAUUUGGAGAUUUUUUAUUAGUUUUCAAAUUUUUUUUUAAAUUUACAGCCUAACUGAUUCAUAUAUUUUUCAAAACAUGCAAUUUUCUUCAAAUAUUGGUGUUGGUGUGACAGCAUCUGUAAAAGCACCUUUUGUGAUACUGUCUGUUACAUUUCUGUUAUUGUUACAAAUUGACUUAAUAACCUAGUGGAUGGUUUAUUGACAUUCCUGAUUUCCUCGGAUAAAACUGGUUACCAAGACAAAACAGGACUAAUAAUUCCAAGGUAAUGAAGAUGCAUGUCACAGUUUAGUUAUUUCACAGCAUGCUUUGUUAAACAGUGCAUAUUUGCUCUGAUGUAAAAUCAUAUAGUAGUCUCUAGUUACAUCAUGUCCAUCGAUCAUCCAUUAGGCUAAAAUAUAAAGAAAACUGUAGGUUCUCCAUUUUUUUUUUAAUUACACAAUGAAUUUUGUUUAUAAAAUUUUUUCAUAUUUGUUUGUAGUAAAUAUAAAUCAAUUCUUUCCAGAAAUAAAUUUUUCUCUCCAAGCUGAAAAUGACAAUUUUCUCUCUUGCAUGGUAACAAGACUUCAGCUGGUGGGAUAAGAUCUAGUAAUAUAUUUAUUAUAACCUAAAUUGUGCACAUAAAGUCAAGCUCAUGUCAAAUUUAUCAACUAUUCAUGAAUUGAUCAUAUCCAUUGGGUACAUGUCUUAUUUACAUUCAACACAUAAUUUUGAUUGUACAUUUUCACAUUAAGGAGAGAAUUUUAUUUGCAGUAUUAAUGUCCCAUAUAACAUUAAAAACAUUGAUUUAACCAAAAACCAAUUUAUAUAACCUGUAUUGUAGAAGCCAAACAUGAACUGAAUCUACAAUAAUUCAUAAAUAGCUACUGAUAUUCAUGACUUACAUAAUAAUUACUAACAAUUCAUUGUAGUGAAUCCAGUUCUUUAUUCACAUCAGUUCUAUUUUCAUCAUUGUAAAAUUCAUGUACAUCUCAUUAAAAUUAUCCAUAUUAAUGUUCAGCAUUUUUCCUUUUAAUUUCUAUAAAAUCAUACAUGCAGCAAUCCAAGUUUUGUAUUGUUUUGUAAAUGUGGAUAAUUUAUGGUCAUGUGAUGUUAUAUCUUCAUCUUUUAUGUGACAAGAACAUUUAAAUCAUAAUCCAAAUUUAUUUAUUUAUUUCUCAUUGAACUUGUCACAAAAUGUGAGAAAGAUUGUUCUAAGAAUGAUAGAUUUUAUGUGAAUGUUAAUUUGUAUAUAUUGUACAUAAAAGUUGUUCCGAGUCAUGGUCAUUAAAUUGUUGAAGCUA